AUGGAUGUAGAUGCAAUCGAAAAGGAAGCACAUGCAGCAGCAUUGGUACAGGUUGCACAAAUGUUCCAAAGGCCAGAUCAACUGGAGAAAUUGGAUGCAUUCAAAAAAAGAGCUGAUAGAAAAAAGACUGCUGUAGAGGCAAUGCUUCGAACCGGCGUGCAAUCUCAGCUGGAAGGCAUUAGAACAGCUAUAGGGCAUUUAUCCACAACCGUUGAAGAUAUUAAAGGAGUUGAAACAAGUUUGCAGGAAAUUUACACAACAUUGCUGGCAUUUCCUGAGUUGAAGCAGAAAAUGGCAAAAUUACGAGAAGCAAACAUAAAAAAUAGUCAAUAUGCAACUUCAAUAGGACAUUUGCAACAUAUUUACGAAAUUGGUAAAACAAUCGAAAAGACACGCGAGUACAUCCAAGACGGAAAACUGCUUCUGGCACAUAAAAACAUCAUGGAAAUGGAGCAUGCACGUGAUGAUUUAAUAUACGAAGUGCAUAAAUUACAACAGAGUAAUGUUAACUACGAGAAAAACCUAUUGAAGACGUAUUUUUUGGAUCUUGAUAAAGUUAUCCAGGAACUUGCAAAACAGUUGUGGUACAUCUGCUCUCGGUGCCUAGAAGCAGUACGUGGUACGGAACAGGGUCCGAUGCAGUUAGUUACUGCCCUUCGCAUUAUUGAACGUGAAGAGAGGAUUGAUCAAUAUUACAUAGAUCGGCAGUCAUCUACCAACAACUUUAUGCCACCUGGUAGACCUCGUAAAUGGCGUCAGAAAUGUUUGGAAGUAAUUGCCAACACAGCGAAACAACGAAUCGAAGGUAAUCAAUUGGAAGAUCGAUCGCUGAACAGACAAUGGCUUGCUAGAUAUUUGGAAGUUUGCCGCCUCGUACUAGUAGAUGAUUUGAUGGUGGCGAAAAGUGCAGCCUCACCAUGUUUUCCACCAUCUUAUGGAAUAUAUGAUCGUUUCGUAGCCAUAUAUCAUAAUCUCUUAUCGGGGCGUCUUCGCGAAAUCGCUUCAGACAAACUUGAAAAAAAUGAGCUUGUGCAGCUUCUUAGUUGGGUUAAUUCUUAUGGUAGUGAUCAGAUUUUGGGGAAUCCGCGAUUGCAAAUCAAUACAACUGCGCUGUUGGCUGAUCAUCCUCUUUUGUCGAAAUCCACUGUUACUGAACUUUGUGACAGAUUCAUUGAAAUAACACGACGAGAUAUGCAUGAAUGGCUGGAAAAAACUUUGAUGCAAGAGAAAGAUGAUUGGUAUAAAGAUGUACAUCCAGAAGAGGAAAGAUUGGGAUAUUUUUAUACACAAUUGCCAAGCAUUCUUUUUGGAAUGAUUGAGGAUACGAUUUCAUUGACGAAAGAAGUUUCCCAUGAUAUUAUACCAAAUGUUGUGGAAGUUAGUGUUGAUGAAUUCCUUAAUUUUGCGAACAAAUAUAAAGAUGCUGCUGCAGCUUACAGAACCAAACAUUUUGAAAAUCGCAGUCAUUUCAAGGAGUUUACUGCUACAAUGAUUGCUGUGGCUAAUAAUUUGGAUAUAUGUACAGAAUCGACAGAAAAAUUAAAGCAACAUAUCAGACUAACAAUGGAAGCAGAUGUUUCACCUUCUAAUUUAUCGAAUGCUGAUGCUCCUAGUUCAGCGCAGUCCAGUAGGAGUUCAUCCAUAAUGGUAGUUUCGAGGCAAGCGCUACUCGAUAAAAUUGAUCAGCUGAAGAAGCGUUGGAAUAUUGGAAUGCAAUCGGCAGUGGGUACCUUGCUUGAUGAAGUCAACGAGGACAUUGCUCGACAUCUCGCUGAAAUCUUAACAAAAAAAUGGCUUGGUGGUUCGUCAGCUUUAGAGACGAUCUGUAUGACAGUUGCAGAUUACUACAGUGAUCACAAACAUCUUCGACCCCAUAUUCGAUGCGCUUUGUUGAUGGAAAUUCAAUAUAAAAUUAUUGGUGAAUAUAUGAUUGGCAUUGACAGCAGGCGACUAUCACUCGCAAAUUAUGACGAUCGCUAUGGGGCAUCUCAAUUAUUGAGACGUGAUGGUGAACGAAUAGCGCAGCUUUUUUCAAAAUUACUGAAUGAUGUUGACGUCACGGUGUUUACCGAUUUAACAGUAGUUCUCACAGCUAUGUCAGAAGUGCUGAGUCUACGAGAUAAGAGUUUAUUGGCUUUGGAAACCACAACACUGGUUCGCAAAUUUCCCGACAUACAUGUGGAACUUCUCAGCGCCUUAAUACAAACUCGUGAAGAUAUGGGACGUGUGGAAGCAAGAGCAAUGGCAGAAGACACAAUUGGACACGUGAAACAUCAUCCAAAAGGAGACGACGUAUUUGCCAAAUUGUUCCAAGCUUGUAAAACAGGACCAAAGAGAAUAUUUCGGUUAGAGGAUACAAUGGAGCAGAUGUUUGUAAAGUUGAUAUAA